AGCCUCGUACAAAAGCGCCUGGUCUCGCAUCGAGGGCAGCUAUCUUGCCUUAUUGGUUCAUCCAGUGACUCGGUUGUACCGCAGCUAGGAAGGGACUCGCAACGCGUGCAGUCGGUGCAAUCAUCGUCGCAUGACGCACAUUGCGUUAUGCAAUUCGCGUGUGUUUAUUGUACGCUCAAUUUCCAACCGUACGUUUCGUCUUUCCUCCCACGUGCUCGCCACGCUUUCCAUUUCGGGCAGGGAUUUUCACGGCGUCCACCUUGCAGCUAUGAUCGGUCGUGCGCGUAGCGCCGCUUCGGCUCGAGUUUCGCAACGCGAUAGAAAAGCUCAAGACCAGAUGGAUCAUCUCUGGGAAACGCACGGCCGUCGAUUAAGCGAGGCUGGCCUGCGCAGAGGAUCAGAUAACAGCGUGGUUCUGACGGAGGACACGGACAGCUUCAUAAUAGGAGAUCGAGUAUGGGUCGGUGGCACAAAACCAGGCUCCAUUGCUUAUAUCGGCGAAACUCAAUUUGCCCCUGGAGAUUGGGCUGGAGUGGUACUGGACGAACCUAUUGGCAAGAACGAUGGAUCCGUGGCUGGCAGUCGGUAUUUCCAAUGCGAACCAAAGCGAGGAAUAUUCUCUCGAUUGACCAGACUGACCAGAGCACCGUUGACCGAUAUCAUCGCUGCAACAUCACCGAUACAAAAGACACCUACGUCGCCAAGUGACAGCGCGAAAGGAAGCCUCAGCAAGUCCAUGUCUCCGUCUCUAAACGCAUCAACGACGAGUCUAUCGUCCACGGUGUCGCAAAGGGAUCUCAGGAUAGGUGACAGGGUAAUAGUAUCGUCCAGUCAAGGCAGCAAAACCGGUGUCCUCAGGUACAUCGGCAUCACAGAGUUUGCACUUGGCGAAUGGUGCGGUGUGGAACUAGAUGAGCCGAUUGGAAAGAACGAUGGUUCCGUCAACGAUAAGAGGUACUUCGAGUGUCGACCUAAAUACGGUCUGUUCGCACCCGCACACAAGGUCAGCCGGUCGCCGUCCAGCAAAAGGUCAUCGUGCAUAGUGCACAAGCCAACUGGCGCCGCCCUGAACACGUCCCUGAGGAAGACCGGUUCCAGAGAGUCAUUGCUCUCGAUGUCGAGCAUCAUCAGCACCGCGAGCACAGCCACCAAGGCUGGUGUUAGCGCCACGAGGCGGCCUGGUUUUCGCACCUCAACACCUGCACGAAUCACCCUGCAGGAAACGUUAAAGGAGAAACAACAGGAAAUCGAGAUUCUCCGGAAGGAACGAGAUUUAGAACGUGAACGAAUUACGAAAGCCGCAAAUCAAGCAGAUCAGGCAGAACAGUCGCUUAUUUCAGUAGUAAAAGAAUAUGAGCAGUAUCGCGAGAAAAUGCAAAAAACCGUUACUGACGCGGAGGUUGCGUUUUCAAAAUUACUCGAAGAGAAAAAUGCACUUGCUUUACAAUUGGAGGAAGAGAAGAGGAAGUGUGAAGAUCUCCUGUUUCGUUUCGAGGAAGAAUCGGUUAACAAGGAUGAUAUUCAGAAAGAAAGAAGUGAGCAAUGUGUGAUAAAUACUGUAAAUGAAAAUAAGAUCAAAGAUCUUGAAAAGCUGUUGCUGGAAGAAAGAGAACGUGUCGGUCAACUUGAACGUGAUAGCAUCAAAUUAUUCGAAACGGAAGAAGAACUGACCCGUCUUCGCAAUGAAGUCUCAAACGCCACUACUCAAGAAACGCAGCAACUCGAAGACUUACAGAGUCGCAAUAAAAUUUUGGAGGAAAGUAGAAAUAAUCUUGAGAAUGAGAUGCAAGAGAAAAGAAUACUUAUGGAGCAAUAUAUAAAUCAAAUAACUGAAUUGCAAUCAAAAUUAAAAGAAAAUCAACAAGAAAGCGCGGUUCAUAAAGAAUCAGAGACAAGUUUGCGGACAGAAAUAGAACGUGCGACGAAAGAUUUGGAGGAAAAGAAUACGUUGAUAGAAGAUAUGAAAAAGCAAUUUGAACACAGUACAAAUGCUUUGAAAGAGCAGUUGCAAAAAGCUUCAGAAACGAUAGAAAAUAUUAAAAAGGAAAGUACAAGUGAAAAGGAAUUAUUGAAGUCAAAUUAUGAUAAGAUAGUCGAAGAGAAGGAAAAUCUUUUGAAAGCAAAAACAGAAGAAUUAGAACUACAAUCAAAAAAACAGUUAGAAGUACAAAAUGUUGCAUUGGAGAAUCUUAAGACUGAGAAUAUGAAGCAAAUUAGCAAACUUUCAGAGUCUUUCAAUGAACAAUUGAAUAUGAAAGACUCGAAGAUUAAAGAAGUUUCUACUAAGCUUGAUCAAAAAAUAUCUGAGACUGAAAAACUGAUGGUUGAACUAUCCACGCAAAUUGAUAUAAAUAAGAAAAAAGAUGAAGAAUUAUCUGUUGCUUUAAAGAAACUGGAAGAACUAAACGAAAGACUCAAGUUAAUGGAAGAAAAGAAUUAUUCGCUUUCUAAACAAAUCCAAGAGUACGAAAAAAUUGCUGAUGAUAGUUUUAAAAUAGUCCAGGAAAAGCAGAAGUUGGAACAUGAUAUCGCUUCCUUAAUGGCUACCGAGGCCAAUUCCUCAGUCCAAUUGAAGAAAUUAAGCGAAGAGUUGAAAGUGAAAGAAAAGGAACUAUCAGAACUUCGUUCAACAACUGCAGCUGAAAUAGAAGAAUUAACUAAACGUUAUCAGGGCCAGAUUGAAGAGAAAGCAAAAUGUAUAGAAGAAGCAAAUGCUUAUAUAUCUCAGAAAUCAUUAUUACUCAGUAAAUUAGAAAAUGAUGUCCUUGAAUUGAAGUCGAUUCUUGCCAAUAAAGAUGAAGAAAUAAAAAAUCUCACACAAAAGACUUUAGAUUUACAAAAUGCACUUACUUUAUCGGAACAAACUAAGACAAAUCUGGAGAAUGAAUUCCAAGGACUUCAAAGCAAUAUAGAACAAUUAAAUCAACAAGUUGCUGGUACAGAAAAUAAACUGUCGCAAGUCACUUCUCAAAAGGAAAAAUUGGAAGCUGAUAUUGCAAAUUUGAUAAGUACUUCCGCUGAUUCAUCGGAGCAACUUAUGAAAUACAACGAGGAUUUACGAACAAAAGAAAAAGAACUUGAUGAAUUUAAAGAUAAAGCAUUCAAAAAUGAAACUAUGCUCAAAUCAUUAGAGUUGAAGUUGAUUAAUAUCGAAACAGAAUUAAACAAAGCUAAUACAUUAAUUCAAGAACAACGCUCAGAAUUAGAAAAUAAUAAAUCUGAAUUGGAAAAAGAGAAGAAAUUGAACGUGGAGUUAUCUAGCAAAAUAAAAGGAUUUGAAACAGAAAAUGUAGAACUUGAAAAACAAAUAAAAGAAAAUGAUUACAUUAAAGAAGAACUUAAAGAAAGAACUCAGGAAUCAUUGAAUCUUUCAAAUGAACUAAAAAAUAACAAAGAGGAAAUUCUUAAUCUACAAAAACAACAUGAAACUUUAAAAAAUACACAUAAAGAGGAGGUGUCUUCUCUUCAGAAAGUGAUUGAUAACAUAAAGACGGAAUUAACUACUUCUCAAGAGACAACAAAGACUUUACAAAAGAUCAAAUCUAAGUUAGAAGCUAAUCAAAGUGCCAAUCGUUGGACAAUUGAAGAAUUGACAGAAAAACUCGAAGCUGAAGCAACAAACCGUGCGAAAUUAGAAUCAUUAAUGACAGAAAAAGAUUCCAAUCUGCAUGAGUUACAAAAAAAAUAUGAAGAAUUACAGAAAACGAACGAAGCUUUGAUAGCUAAUCAAGAAGCUACUGACAAAAAUCUUACUACGUCGUUAGAUAGUAUGUCCAGUGAAGUAAAAGAAUUGAGGGAUAAACUAGAUGUUGCUGCGGAAAUGAUUAAAGUCAAAGAAGAUGCUCUUGUACAAAUGAAAAAGGAAACUGAACACACUGAAGCACAAAUUUUGAAGCUUAAUGACACUGUUGCGUCUAUUCAAAGGGAACAAACGGAUAAUGUAGAGGAAAUGAAAAAAUUACAAGAAAUGCUAUCAAAGAAGGAAAAGGAAAUAUCUAACAUCACGGACACAAAAAUUUCUUUAGAAAAUAAUCUAAAAUCUGUAGAAUCAAAAUUAGAGAAAAAUAUAAAAACGUUAGAAUCACAGUUGGAGACUAUACAAAAAGAACUAGAUGUAAAAAAUAACAUGCUUCAGGAAUCAGAACAUAUAAUAAAAGAAUUGAAAAGCUCCAAAGAAGAAUCUGUGAUGAAAUUACAAAAUACUUUAGAAUGUGAAAUGAAAGCUAAACAAACUGAGCUUGAAUUUGCAAUGCAGAAAAAUUCUGAAUUGCAAAAACAUCAACAAUCGCUUCAAGAUACGAUAGAAAAACAAGUUAAUGAUUUGAAUAACAAAGAAGUAACAAUCGAUAAAUUAACAGCACAAAUUAAAGCCUUAGAAGAUGCACAAAUGAAAAAAUUGAAAACGGAUGAACAGAUGCAAAAUGAAGAAGUUAAACUUAUGCAAAGUAAACUAAGUGAGGCGAUUAAAGAAAAUAGAAAUCUAGUUGAUAGUAAAGAAUCUCUUGAAAGAUUACUUGUAGAACAGAAAAAGAAAAUUGAAGUGUUAACAAAUACCAUACAAACUAAAGAAAAAGAAACCGAGAAAAAUAUUCAAAAUUUGGUAGAAAAAUUAAACCUUGUAUCCACGGAAUCUGCACAGUUAAAAGAAGCACAAAGUAAUUUGGAAAGAGAAAAUAAACAAAUUACUGCUAAAUGGACAGAAGCAACGAGUCAAUUAAAACUUACUCGUGAAAACAUAAAGAAUAAUUACGAUGCAGCAGGAGGUGAUAUGAAACAACAUAUGGUUGAUAAAGAUAUUGACAUGAUAAAGUUAAAAGAGGAAUAUGAAACAGCAAAAAGUCAAAUAGAUUUCUUAAAUUCUGUAAUAGUGGAGAUGCAACGUAAAAACGAAGCUUUACUAUGUAAAGUUGAAGUUCUUGAAAUAGGAGUACCUGCCAAUGAAGCUGACGAGUAUACCAAAACCACAUUAGAAAAACGAAUGGCUGCGCCACGUAUGUUCUGUGAUAUUUGUGAACAAUUUGAUUUACACGAAACGGAAGAUUGCCCACGACAAGCUCAAGACUUUCUAGAUACGGAAAAGGUCGUAAAGCCCCUGAAGAAAACAUCGGUGGAAAGACCGUACUGCGAAAACUGUGAAAUGUUUGGACAUGAUACUCGUGAUUGCGAUGAUGCUGAAACCUUUUAAUGGCGUGUUGUCAUUUGUUGACCUAUCUCAUUGCUUCUCAAAGAUCUUAGAUACAAAAGAAAAGACCUGUUAAAAUUUUUGCAGAGUAUAUUUUUAUAUAAAAGAAUUUAAUGCUACAGUUCUGUGCAUGUCUUCCUGCAUAGAAAUAUGUGUGUCCAUUCAAAAUACAUCGACAAUUCGAUGAGAAAUGUGUGCUCCUCGUGUUAAAUUUAUGAUUUGAAAGUCUAUAUAUGUUCACCAGAAUGUUUUUCUGUGUAUAUUCGUUGCGCUUUCAUGUGAUUGUUAAAGUACAAAGUCAUAUACCAGUUCUAUUACCACUUACGACUAAGUUAUUUUAUGAUACAUUGCUGAAUUAUAUUAUAGAAUGGGAGCAUAGUUUAUUAUUUAUAUAAUAAACAGUUAAACGUAUACCAUGCGAAACUUCGAACGUCAAGAAACGUUCGAAAGUCAAAUGUAAUUAUGUACAUACUAGUUAUUUAUGUCAACCUGUAACUGUAUUUAAUAAUUUAUUUAGUAUCAAAAAACGUCACACAUUUAAUAAUAGUUCCUUUAAUUGACAAACUCAAUGAUCGAGCCAUUAGAAUUAGUUCACAGAGUUUCUUCACAAUGUCUCAGAACUUAUGUCAACAUGAUUGGUAGUACAUUUUUCUGAAAAAAAUUUGUACUGAAAUAUAAUGAAAGUAAGUAUUUAUUAUUUCGUAUGUAUGUUUUUCUUUGCCAUUAAUCUUUGUACAAAAUUCGUUUCAGCAGAAUUGUACUACUAUGACUUACCGUUGUCUUGCCUUUUAACUUUAAGCUUUAAUACAGGGUUGAUAUCUUGUCUCAAAUCUGAAUCUUGUCUUGAAAUGUACAUUUAAUAAAUUAUAACUAAACUUUGUAGUUAAAAAAAAUAAAAUUGUAAGAGACUGA